GAAGCCCCACUUUCCCCCAAAUAGUGCGUCAAUUUUCAAUUUAUUUUUCCUUUUCCAGAAACAAUAAACUCAACAUAGUAGUUUUAGAGAGAGAAAGCUGCUCCCUGUUCUAGAGAGAGAAAGCUGAGCCGAUCAACACAGAGCUUUAAACACAGCUAUACUUGCAGCCUAUACAUACAUACAUACAUAUAUCAGCAAUGGCGGAGGAGAGGAGAGACAGCGAGGAGAGCGUGAAGCUGUUCGUAGGCCAAGUCCCUAAGCAAAUGACGGAGACGCAGCUUGUUGAAUUGUUUGAACAAGUUGCUCUCGUUGACCAGGUCAACAUCAUCAAAGACAAAAUCACGCGAGCUUCUCGAGGGUGUUGUUUUCUGAUAUGUCCGUCUAGAGAAGAGGCUGACAAGGCGGUGAAUGCUUUGCAUAAUAAGAAAACGCUGCCUGGCGCAUCUAGCCCACUUCAAGUGAAGUAUGCAGAUGGAGAGUUGGAAAGAUUAGAACACAAGCUCUUUGUUGGUAUGCUUCCAAAAAAUGUGACGGAGGUUGAAGUUUCUGACUUGUUUUCGCAAUAUGGGGACAUUAAAGACUUGCAAAUUUUGCGAGGUUCUCAGCAGACAAACAAAGGCUGUGCUUUUCUGAAAUAUGAGACAAAAGAACAAGCACUUGCAGCCAUAGCGGCCCUAAAUGGGAAUCACAGAAUGGAGGGUUCAACUGUUCCUUUAGUUGUCAAGUGGGCAGAUACUGAGAAGGAAAGAUUAGCUCGGAGGGCUCAGAAGGCUCAGUCACAGCCUCUCAAUAUGGUGAACUCCGACUCUCCACAGCAUCAAUCAUUAUUUGGAGCCAUGCCAAUGGGAUAUAUGUCCCCGUACAAUGGUUAUGGAUACCAGGCUCCUGGAACUUAUGGACCAAUGCCACAUCGCCUUCCACCAUUGCAAAAUCGAAAUUCUUUCAAUAAUAUGCUAUCAUCAGUCAACCAAGGAAGUGCAGUGCGUGGAUCUAGACCUGAAUUCUCCCCUAGAAUGGCCCCAAGAAAUUAUACCAUGCCACGAGCAGGGUAUCUGGGUUCUGCUUAUCCAGCAGUGACCGGAGUUCAAUAUCCUUUAGCAUACUCUGGGGGAAUAAUGAGUAACAGGCCCUUAAGUGGUCCUCAGGGUCCUAUACCACCCGCUGCAAACAAUUAUUUGGCAGCAUCAUCAAGUGUCCCUAUUGUCACCACCAGUUCAGGAGGUCAACUAGAAGGUCCACCUGGUGCUAAUUUAUUUAUCUAUCAUAUUCCUCAAGAGUUUGGUGACCAAGAGCUGGCUAGUGCAUUCCAGGCAUUUGGUAGGGUCUUAAGUGCCAAAGUUUUUGUUGACAAAGCAACCGGAGUGAGCAAAUGUUUUGGAUUUGUAAGUUAUGACUCACCAGCAGCUGCGCAAUCUGCCAUUAGUACGAUGAAUGGUUUCCAGUUAGGUGGUAAGAAGUUAAAGGUUCAACUUAAAAGAGACAACAAACAGAACCAGUUGUACUGACUUGAUUGGAGGUAAGCUCAGGAAGAAAGCAGCUAUCUCUGUCGUAAGUGCUCGCAUUCAACAUGAUUACGUCAGGUUACUGCAGCUCCUCAGCUAUUGUGGGUAGGAUUCGUGACUGUUAGUGGUCAUAUGCAAUUAGCCCUUCCUAAUUGUAGUGGCCUUCCAGCAUUCAAGCCCAUGAUACUGUAAUUAUUCAAAUCUGUGCAAUUGUAUUUUGUAAUUUCUUGUAACAUGUAAUUCCAUUAGACAUUGAUUAAUUUAUUGAUUUUUCUCCCAAAA